AAGAAAAGAAAAGGCGGUCUGCUUUCGUUGGUGCGUCAUCGGACACCCACUUGAUAUCGGAGGAGGGUAUAAAAGGUGCAGAGAAUGGGCUCACCACAACCACACAGUGUUUAGAUCUCAGUUGGAUUUGCUGGAUAUCCCUGCUUCGGAAAGCCGCCCCAUCCAAGCAUCAUGUACCGCACUAUUCUCAUCGCCGCUGCCCUAGCUGCUGCAGUCGUCGCUCUUCCACGGGCCAAGCGCGCUGCAUAUGAACUCCCCGACGGCGUCGAAUUCCUGGUGGGCUCCGUGAAGACCUCUUUCCAAUGCCCUGCCCGUAACGGGUACUUCGCUGACGUUGAUAACAACUGCCAGAUCUUCCACGUCUGCAACGCCAUCCCUAAGGAAGACGGAUCGGUCGAGGUGCAGCAGUACAGCUUCCUGUGCGGCAACCAGACCGUCUUCAACCAGUUCAGCUUGACCUGUUCCCUCCCUGAAGACUCUGUGCCCUGCAGGAGUUCUCAGGAUUUCUUCUACUUGAACGAGAGGAUAGGCCAAGAGAAGGUCGGCAUCCACGACGACGGUGAUAUCCAGAGGGCUGUGCCACUCAUCCCACGAUACCAGCAGGCCGGACUUGCAGCUCCCUUCUUCAAGGCUUGAAGCAGUUAUUGGAAGUAGGACAGGACGUUUGUUGUGUAGCUUUCGCCACUUGCUUUUGCCUUCCUCCUGCACUCUUCAGGAUUGAAGAACGAGAGGAACACCGCGCUACUGCGGACCUCAUGUUUCAUAAGACUGCCUUUUGGGACUGUCUCUUCAGCAUUAUUUUUCUGCGUUCCUCAAGAGCAAGCAACAACGCGACAGAAGAUGUCCGGCAGUCGGUGGACACUACUGUGCGGUUGUUUGCCACCUCGAGCGAGAAACGGGACUGUAGUAAACGCCCCUGUAGCUCUCUUUCUUUCACGUUCGUUUCUAGCGAAACAAGGGCAUUUUCACGACCUGUGGCUUUUCUUCUUUGUCUGUAAUUUUUCGUGUCUGGUACUGUUAACUGCGACUCUGUGGCACUGGGCCUACUUCUCGCCGAACUGGCUGUCGUCGUCGUCAGAAAUACUUCUGUGUUUGUGUUUGCAUGUGACUGUUCAUCGUUGCGCUUGUAUAUUGUGCCAUCGUUUGCAUCAUUCGCUGAGCUGAAUAAAGCGUCAAUAAACAAGGAUAUAUACA